UGUUCUUCAGAGGAUCGAUGGAAAAAGUACCGUUUGAUGCCCAAACUGAACUGAUUUUAUACAUGAAAAAGAAAAGUUACUAAAAUAUUCAGAUAACUGUUGAAUAUUUUUGAAUGAAAAUACUAAUUUUAAAGACAUAAAAACAAUAACCUGUAUAUUAAUUCCUUCGGGUUCUCAUUUUACAAACUAUGUCAGUUAUUGUUUGUUCUUUAUGUUUAUUUAGCAGACGCUUUUAUCCAAAGCGACUUACAAUUUAUGACCUAUAGGGCAUGUUGUGAUCUGUUUGUCCUCUUUCAGAAUCUGCAGAAAUCUAUGAAUUUUAUCCUAAAAUAAUAAUAAUAAAAAAAGAUGAUUGUGAUUUCUUAUGUAUGUGAAACACCUGCCACAAACAGAACGGUGUAAAAGGGUUGAUAUCGAUAUUAAAAAGAAAUUGGGUUGAUAAUGACAAACUGAAUUCUAUUAUUCUCUUGUGAAAAGAUAGUGAGCAGCAUUUUAAUUCCUAAUGUUCCGAACCGGUUUGCUCACUUUUAUUUAUUUACUCCUUGUCACCUAGAUGAGUUUUGUAAAUUUUUAUGUGGCUUAAGUAGUUUUUACUCUUUACUUUAAUCAAGAAUUUAAUGGACUGCAUUCACUGUAAACAGUCUAAACUUCUCUGAAAAAUAACAAUAUUUUGACGUGUAACCCCUAAAUGCAAUGACACGUUUAGAGAAAGAGAGAUAUUUCUUUAUCUUAACUUUUUUCAGUGAUGUUUUGUGUUUUGUUACUCAUUUUAUCUUCCCAAUUGUUUAAAAAAGUACUACCAAAACCUGGAUUUCUGCAUUCACAGUCCUGCUUUGGGCUUAACUUGUUAAUUCUCUAUAACAUUAGUGAAAGUACAUGUGCAGGGUAGACAUCUACAGUGUUUGUGCAUCAAACAGUGUGUAUUUCUGCUUGCGCAAAUCAUUUGUUGCCACAAGGAUGUGGUUUACUGCCUGCCGCAGCUUCACGCCGGAAGCUCCACAGCAUCUACGAAGUUUAUCAUCCACAACUUUGCCUUUUCUUCUUCUGACUCUGCGAGGCUCUGCUUGUGACAAAACCAUUCGCAGACGCUCGCUGCGUUCUUCUUGACAAUGUUCCCCAGGGUGAUUUUGAGGGGAACCAUGAUCAAAAAAUCCCAGCAAAAGAAAAGAACAUCACCAAAUAACUACAAAGAGAGGUUUUUUGUGUUGGACACUCAGGAUCUGAAGUAUUCGGAGUGCCGUCCGGGGAAAAAGCCCAUGUUGAAAGGUUGCAUUCAACUGUCCAGGAUUAGGUGUGUGGAGAUUGUGUGCAGUGACAUUCCCAUACCUUGCAGCUACAAGUACCCGUUUCAGGUUUUCCAUGACAACCAUUACCUCUACAUAUUUGCUCCGGACAAUGAUUGUCGUCAGAGAUGGGUCAGAGCACUGAAAGAGGAGACGAAGCACAAUGAGUUGGUUCCAAAAUUUCACCCAAACUUCUGGAUGGAUGGAAAGUGGCGAUGCUGCCAACAGCACGAGAAGCUGGCAGCGGGUUGUCAGUUAUACGACCCAGCGAGCUGUGCUUCUAAAAAGCCUCUUCCUCAGAUCCCAGUUCCAGAGAUGGAGCUGCGGGAGUCCAGACAGCGGUUAGUGGUUGCCCUGCAGGACUAUACGCCACAGGGAGACAAUGACUUGCCCCUUCACAAAGAUCAGCAGUAUUUGCUCAUUAGCAGCUCCCACUCCGAAUGGUGGACUGUGCAGGACGAAACGGGGAGGACAGGUUUUGUGGCCAGCACGUACGUAGCUGAGAAAACUGGCAAUAACUUUGAACGAUUUGAAUGGUACAGCAAACACGUAACCAGAUCUCAAGCAGAGGACCUGUUAAUGAAAGAGGGGAAGGAAGGUGCAUUCAUGGUGCGAGACUCGAGACAGGCAGGAGUGUACACAGUCUCCGUUUUCACCAAAGCGCCGGGGUCUAAUGGAGAGAAAAAUCCCAGAGUGAAACAUUACCAAAUACGACAGCCAGACACGGAGCAGAGAGCGUUUUACUUGGCUGAGAAAUACCUGUUCGGCACCAUUCCCGAGCUAAUCCAUUACCACCAACACAACGCUGCAGGUCUAAUAACAAGGCUGAGACAUCCCGUCUCUCCAGGAAGACGGCCCUCGCAGGAGGUUUCUGAUCUCUCUGAAGAUCAGUGGGAGAUCGACCCCGAGGAGCUGAUCCUGGGUCAGCAGGUGGGAAGCGGCCAGUUUGGGCUUGUGCUGGAGGGGGUGUGGAGGGAUAGGAAGGUGGCUGUGAAGAUGGUGAGAGAAGACUGCAUGUCAGACGAGGAGUUCAAAGAGGAGGCGAAGAUUAUGAUGAGGUUGUCCCACCGUAAGCUGGUGCAGCUGUACGGCGUGUGCACCCAGCGCUCUCCCAUGUGUUUGGUGUUUGAGUUGAUGGAGAACGGCUGUCUGACCAGCUACCUGCGAGAGAGGAGAGGCCGUCUGGCUCAGGAUGUGAUGUUGGCCAUGUGUCUGGAUGUCGCUGAAGGAAUGGCUUACUUAGAGAGCUCCAACUUUAUCCACAGAGACCUGGCUGCCAGGAACUGUCUCGUCUCAAACAACGAUGAGGUGAAGGUGUCUGAUUUUGGCAUGACCAGGUUUGUACUUGACGAUCAGUACACGAGCUCCCAGUGCUCCAAGUUCCCCGUCAAGUGGUCGGCUCCAGAGGUCAUCAAGUUCUGCAAGUUCAGCAGCAAAUCGGACGUCUGGUCGUUCGGGGUGCUCGUGUGGGAGGUUUACAAUGAGGGGCGUAUUCCGUACGAGAACCGUUCUAACUUGGAGGUGGUGGAGUCUCUAAAUGCAGGCCUGAGGCUGCUGAAGCCACGAUUGGCCCCAGACUCGGUGCACACGGUCAUGGAGUGGUGCUGGAAGGAGAAACCAGACGAGCGUCCGUCCUUUGCUCUACUCGUGCACGAACUGGCGUCCCUCUCAGACCUGUGACCAGAUCUGACAAACAUUCACCACUGUUGUAUUUAUUUGAUUUAUUUAUUGAGCUAUUUGUGAAGAUGUGGUUUAGCACUUUAUCUGUUUUAUGAAUCUCAUUCCCACUCAGUCCAUUCUCAGACGUACGAUUCUAUAACCCGUGUAAAAUUUGAGUUAUUUUACUUUCUUGUUUUUUGUUGUUCUUCUUUGUACUUUUUCCUCAUUGUAUCAGCAAAAGUUCAGUUAGCCGUUCUGUAAAAUGAUGGAAACAAUAUAGACCCUAAAUAAAAAUAGGAGAAUCUU